AGGCCGCUGUCAACAGAGGGCUCGAUCAUCCCGGGCGAGACGGAGGAAGAUGGGCUGCUGCGCCGCGAGUACGUGCUCGUGGGCGACACGCGCGCGACGCUCGACUCGCCCGCGGCGAGCCCGAGCACAGCGACGUUCCCCCCGCCGCCGCACGCGUCGCCGCCCCUCGGGCUGAACAUCCCCGCGCUGCCGGCAUCGCCCACAGCGUCGACGCCGAGCCCGGGAUCCGCGGGGCGCGCGCUCGCGCGGGCGCUGUCGCUUGCGUCAAAGAAGCUGUUCGGGGCGGCGCCCGCGUCGACGCAGCAGCAGCAGCAUCAGCGGCAGCAGCGGCCGGAGCAGCAGAUGGGACACGCGUCGAGCUCAGAUGGGGAGGACGGGGAGGAGAGGGAUCCGAUGGAGGACGAGCUGCUGGCGGGACUGGAGCAGCUGGCGCAGAAGACGGAUGUGAUCACGCGGUGGGCGGACGAGAUGUACGAGUUUGUGAAGGCGGUGCCGCAGAAGCCGCUGCCGGACCCGAGCAAGUUCGUGCCGCGCGCGGGCGAGCCGGAGAAGCUCGCGCAGCGGCGGCGGCACGCGGAUUUCCAGGCGGAGUACAACGCAGUGACGUGCGUCGCGAUUUACAUGCUCGUCAUGGCGUUCUCGCAGAAGGGCAUCGAGGAGCUGCGGCGGUACCAGGAGCACAUGGAGAUGCGCCACCCGGAGGAGGACUUUGUGGUCAGCGAGGGCUUUGACGACGGUGCGUUCUGCGUUCUGCAUGUUUCGUUGACGUGGUUCAAGGACCACUUCCUCAAGUGUAACGAUCGCGUCGCGCUGGUCAAGACCUGGCUGCCCGCGCAGUACGCAGGGCCGAGCACGUACGUAGACGAGCUAGUGUACAAUCGCGCCCUGACACUCAGCCGGACGGCGGCGCGCAAGGAGCUGCUAGACCAGCACAAGACGCCCGACGAGUGCGAGAAGCUGUACGAGGAGUCGCUGUGGUGCCUGUAUGCGUUGCAGGACGACCUGCUGCAGAGGGACAACCCGUUCAUGGACGAAGACCGCGAGACGAUCUCCACCUGGAUCAAGCGAACGAAGCUUCGCCUCGUGCGGUGUCGCGUGCGAAUGAACAUGACGGACCGCGAGCGCAUGCGCGACGCGCGCGCGGACAAGAACCUGGACGACGUGCCGCGCAUCCCGGCGCCCUGGGACGCGGAGGCGAUGCAGAAGUUCCACAGGCCCGACUCGAAUAAUGCUAAUGCCGAUGCUAAUGGCCAUGCCGAUACCUUAUCACGAUGA